UGCUUGAAAUAAGUUUAGUCUCUCAUUGUCCCUUGAUGUGAUAACUGGUGUAUUGUAUAAGCAAAACGAAAAAAAGUAUGAAAACAAUAAUCUGUGUGAUAGCAUGUGUGUUGGUGAUUGGCAUAUAUGCCGAUAAUGCUGCUGUUGUUCGACCAAAUUUAGCACAAGAUCAAAUUAAUUUGCCAGCGGGUCAAAAAAAUACGGCAACAAAUCAAAAUAAUGUUGCGUCAUCAACAAAUCAAAUUUGGACCGAUGUAAAUGGUACGCGAUGGGAUUUGGGAAAACUACAUUUAGUCGAUGCAAAACGUAUUGUUGAUCAUGUUACCACAAAUAUACCAAGAAUAUUUACAUGGAGAAGCUGGAAUCAUUGGCUUGAUGGAUCUAAAAAUAAUUUGAAAAAAGGUUUUGACAAUGUGUUGGCCGGUGAAGGUAUGGCAUUUGCAGAUAAAUCAUUUGUGCUGAAAUUCCGAACGGCAUACGAUGCAUCUGAUAUAAAUAAGGAAUUGGUGACAUCGUCUUGGACAUCGCCAUCUGAAAAAUGUCCACCAUCACAAGAUUGUCGCUAUUAUGGUAUUCUUAUUUUUGAUGCUGAAAGUCGACCAGUUGCAAGUCUUUUCUGGCAAGCAGCAGACAAACAGUUCGUUCGUACCUACAAAGAUAGUGCCUGGAGUGGCGUUGAUGUAACACAAUUUGAUCGGUGGUAUCGAUUUGUACAAAAAUCUCAGGAUCAAAAUGCUCCGAAAUUCACACUUCCGAAACCAUCAUUGGCACCAGAUCAAGCCGCCGCGGCUGCGGCAGCAGCCACUACACCAGCCAAUCGUAAAGGAUAGAAAGAAUUCUUUGUCUUCGAAAAUUUGUUAUGAAAAAGGUCAAUUCAACGUAAACAUUCAUAAAUAGUGCGAAUUCAAUUUGAAAUAUUACAAAGCAUAUCUUUUAUAAUGAAUUCUUUGCAAAAAUAAUAAAGCGCAUUUAUAAAAAUUA